CGGGGUCCGGGCUGUCUUCCCGCCAUGGACGAGGCUGACCGGCAACUUCUGCGGCGAUGCCGGGUGCGGCUGGUCGGCGAGUUGCAGGUGGCAUCUCUCUGGGACGCUCUACUGAACUACGAGCUCUUCACGCCCGACAUGAUCGAAGACAUCCAGCGAGCGGGCUCUGGGUCUCGUCGCGAUCAGGCCAGGCAGCUGAUCACAGAUCUGGAGACUCGAGGGAGUCAGGCCCUUCCUUUGUUCAUCUCCUGCUUGGAGGACACGGGCCAGAACAGCCUGGCUUCAUUGCUGAGAACGAACAGCCAAGCAGCAAAGCGGAAUCCGGAGGCCAUCAAACCCCUGGACCUCAUGCCUGUGGUGGUUAGACCAGUGAGCGGCAAACCAGAGGAGCUGAGCAUGGUAAAGCAAGAUCCGUCUAAACUGACCCCAAGGCCAGAGGGUCUCAGACCAGAGGCGCCCAGACCAGUGGACAUCAGUUCCAGAAGAUUCAGUGAUGUCCGUGCUCAGGAGGGACUGAGGGGAAACGCCGAUUUGGUAUACGUCCUGAACGCAGACCCCUGUGGCCACUGCCUCAUUAUCAACAACGUGCACUUCUGCCUCAAGUCGGGGCUCAGCACCCGCCCCGGCUCCGACGUCGACUGUGAGAAGUUGCAGCGACGCUUCCGCUUGUUACAUUUCAUGGUGGAGGUGAAGUGCGACCUGACUGGCAAGCAAAUAGUCCAGGCUUUGGUGGAGCUGGCACAGCGGGACCACGGCGCACUGGACUGCUGUGUGGUGGUCAUCCUCUCUCACGGCUGCCAGGCCAGCCACCUCCAGUUCCCGGGGGCUGUUUACGGCACAGAUGGGUUUCUUGUGUCCAUCGAGAAAAUCGUGAACAUCUUCAACGGAACCGGCUGCCCCAGCUUGGGAGGGAAGCCCAAGCUCUUUUUCAUCCAGGCCUGUGGUGGAGAGCGGAAAGACUGUGGGUUUGCGGUGGUCUCCACUUCCCCUGAGGACAGGGCCCCCGGCAGCAACCCUGAGCCAGACGCUGUGCCAUUCCAGGACCGUUCAGGCAGCUGUGACCAGCCGGAUGCUGUGUCUAAUUUGCCCACACCGAGUGACAUCUUUGUGUCCUACUCUACCUUCCCAGGCUUUGUCUCGUGGAGGGACCCCAAAAGUGGCUCCUGGUACAUCGAGACCCUGGACAACAUCUUUGAGCAGUGGGCUCACUCUGAAGACCUGCAUAGCCUCCUGCUGAGGGUCGCUAAUGCUGUCUCGCAAAAAGGGAUUUACAAACAGAUUCCUGGCUGUUUCAACUUUCUCCGGAAAAAACUCUUUUUUAAAACUUCAUGAAGCCAGAGCCCCUCACCCUGCCUCACCUUUCACCCCCAAACCUUCCUGCUCCAGGCCUGGCGGGUGAGGCCUGGGCUUUCCUUCAUCUGCGGCUGUCACACAUUGAAGAUUUUGUAACCCGUCGAGGGCCUGCUCUUUCCCCACUGGCGGCAGACAGGUGCUUAGUGGCUCCCAAAUUGGAGACAAAUGACCACCGAGGGAGGAAGAGGAGCAGAAGCAUGCUGUGGACAGACUUGUGGCUCUUUACCAGUGGCUGGUUCCCUGGCUAACGUCCGUGGUCUGUGACCUUUGCAUUUUUUCUAGAGCAGGGCUUUUCAGCCUCGGCACCAUUGACAUUUGGGGCCAGGUAGUCAGUCCUUUGCUGUGGGAGUUGUGCUGUGCAUGGUAGGAUGUUUAGCAGCAUCCCUGGGUUCUACCCACUAGAUGCCAGGGGCACCUCUCCCCGAAUAGUGACAACCAGAAAUGUUUUUGGUGAUUGCCAAAUGUCCCCUGGUGGGCCUUUACUUGAGAACCACUGAACUCUGGGAAUUUUUUAGCUGUAAACAAACCAGCAUCUCUCUUAGGUCAGCAAGUUUAGAGCUACUGGAGUCUGAACAGCUGGAAUCUGUGAAUCUUGAAUGAAGUCUUAAAAAUGAUUAAUUUUUCUGUAUUGCAGUAUUCUUAAAAAAAUAAAUCUUAUGUUAAUAUGGA